ACGUGCAAUCGAGGAGUCGUCUCACCGUCGAAUCGAUCUCUCCCCGUGGUUUCCGGGUACUCGAGUCUCCCCUCCCUCUCUCCCUUCGGUUCCUCUCCGAGAUCUUCCGUUCAAUACAAAGUGUAAACAUUGCGGAUUAGGAGCGUAGGAACGAUGGGGCUCACCUUCACGAAGCUGUUCAGCCGGCUCUUUGCGAAGAAGGAGAUGAGGAUCUUGAUGGUGGGUCUUGACGCUGCGGGUAAGACGACCAUCCUCUACAAGCUCAAGCUCGGAGAAAUUGUCACCACCAUUCCAACCAUCGGGUUCAAUGUGGAGACUGUGGAGUACAAAAAUAUUAGCUUUACCGUUUGGGAUGUUGGUGGUCAGGACAAGAUCAGACCUCUCUGGAGGCAUUACUUCCAGAACACACAGGGCCUUAUUUUUGUGGUUGACAGCAACGACAGAGAUCGAAUUGUUGAAGCAAAGGAUGAGCUUCACAGAAUGCUUAACGAGGAUGAGUUGCGGGACGCUGUUUUGCUUGUUUUUGCAAACAAACAAGAUCUUCCAAAUGCAAUGAAUGCUGCUGAAAUCACCGACAAGCUUGGUCUGCAUUCCUUGCGCCAGCGACACUGGUACAUCCAGAGCACUUGCGCUACCUCUGGUGAGGGUUUGUAUGAGGGGCUUGAUUGGCUCUCGAACAACAUUGCCAGCAAGGCUUAAAUGGCCAGGAAGUGCUUAAUUUAAAUAUUCUUACUUCGUGCCAGUUUGAUUGCUUUUGGGACAUGAGAGGUAACAGAAUUUUAGUGUAAUUUAUAUGGAUUGUAUUACCUCAGCUUUUUGCAUUUUAAGACAUCAGAUUUCAUGUAUUCAGAAAUUAGAUGUGUUAGCUGUCUGCUUGCUGCCUGUGAUUCUAGUUCAUUUACAAACAGAUGAUUUGUGAAUUGAGUUCAUCA